UAAGGGUUAUGUAGCCGGGCUAGCCGAUGUAGGACGAGCCGACCGUGCGUCUGCCUGCCUGCGCUCCCGCUGCCAUCCCCAUCAUGGCCUCCACACCGACACCACCGAGGAUGAACCGACCAGCCAGCGGCCCUUCCCUUCCCGGAGCGGAGACGGACUUCAAGCCGAAGCAGAGGCACCGGUAGAGGCGAGCCGCGCCGGGGAGAGCCGCCUCACACAUCCCAUGCCACCCCGGUCUCCUCCAUGCCUUCGUCUAAAGCCAAGUACAGCUAUUCGAUAAAGAGGGGUGCGAACCCGGGCGGCGGCGGCAGAAACAUGACAACGAACCGGGAUUAUUCUGUUAAUCUGUCGGUGCAGCAAGUGCUGAGCCUUUGGGUGCAAGGCACGACGCUGCAGCACUUCACAGAGAUGUGGUACUGGGUGUUCCUGUGGUGUCUCUUCUCCUCGCUCUUCGUCCACGGGGCGGUGGGGCUGCUCAUGUUGGUCAUGCUGCAGCGCCACAAGAGGGGCCGCCUCAUCACCCUGGUGCUGGUCAGCGUGGGUUUCCUAGCCUCCCUCUCCGGAGGCGUCAUCACCAGUGCGGCGGUGGCGGGGGUGUACCGCGUGGCAGGGAAGGACAUGGCACCGCUGGAGGCUCUGGUGUUCGGCGUGGGCCAGACCGCCCUCUCCGUCAUCAUAUCCUUCUCACGCAUCCUCGCCACUCUGUGAAGCAAAACCCCUCGACGAGAUGAUGGACAGACGCUGAGAUGAGAGCGAAUGAAUCGAGCCAGCCGGAGACUUUUGAGGCUGGGUUUGUGGAAGGAACGGGGGCAGAAAUGCUCUGGACCUUUGGGGCUGGAUGCGGGAGACAGCGCCCCCUGGUGUCUCUGCACCGUAACUGCCACAAUCACACUGCUCUUCAGAGGGAACUCAAUGCGGGCCGGUUUGCUUCAUGUCAGACAGCAGCACCAGGCGAAGUCGGCGCCAUCCUCAGCUUCUGGACUUGAAAGCCAUGCUUUCGGGUGUUUCCAGAGUUACAUCACUUUUUGUGCCAACAGCCUUCUCUGGGCCAUCCAGAUGCCUUUAAUGGCCACUGACUCCUAAAGGCUUUCUGUUGCACCUGUGAGGGGAAAAAAACUAUUUUUUUAAAAACGGCCUGGAGUGACGACCUGUAAUAAUGAUCUGAUGAUCUCCUCCGGUGAUCAGCGUGAGAACAAAAGUUGAGCAAUGACAUUAUCCUCACCUCUCCGUCUUCACGAGGUUCAAGUACAGAUUAUCAUGAUCAUUCCUUUUCCUUAAAUAGUUGCACCAUCCAACUCACGAGCGACAUGCAGCUUUGAAUUUUGCACUUUGUAAGUGUUUGAGACGCUCUUUGCCUAAGAAGGUGUGAAAUCAGUAGACGUGGUGGAGAAAACAAGCAUCGGCGCUACGUUUGGUUUGAUAUGUUGAUUCAUCGUGUGCCAACGGGAACUCCGUUUGGAGUUAAAGGAAUAUUUCGACACGUUAGGAACAUGUCUCUUAUGUUGCUGAGAGUUACAUGAGGAGAUGCCACUCUCACGACUGUCUGGAAAAUAUGAAGCUACAGCCAGCAGCUGCUUAGCUUAGCUUAGUUUAAGCAUAAUGACUGGAAACAGCUAACUCUAACUGCCAGCACGUCGUUAUACAUCUCGUCUGUGAAGUCUAAAAACAACUAUUUGCAAUUUCACAGGGGGUUAUGUGCCUGACUAUUUCUUGGCUAAAUGGAGUCGAGAGCAGUGGUUCCAAGCCAAGAAAAAGUCUGCCACAUAUCCUGCAAAUUGUUGAUUUUACACUUUGUGUUAAACAAACAAGAUAUAGAAUUAGAAUCAGAUUUAGAAGACCUGGUAGGCAGAUUUUGUUUUGACAGAGCCUGACUAGCUGUUUCCAGUCUUUGUGCUAAGCUAAGCUAACAGUCUCCUGCUGCCAGCUUCAUAUUUACUGUACAGACAUGAGAGUGGUAUCAAUCUACUCAUCUAACUCUCAGCUCGGAAGCGAAUAAGCGUUUAAAUGUUCUUUUAAAGCAGACAGGAAGGCCUGGUCGAGCCCUCAGAAGUGUUUGCAUUGAGCAGGUUCGACUCAGGACUGGUUAGCGUAAGAUCGGGAUCCUCUUAUUCAGGUUUAAAGAAAGAUGUACUGGUAUUAAAAAAGGCUUGUUUUGCUGCUUGAGAGUCACAUUUUCAGACUAACUGCUCUGUGUCUGUGAGUCCUGGUGCAGAGUUUCUGUAAGAGUGUUGGAAUCGAGCCGUAGUAUUACUAACACUGUCUGCACUGCUACAGCAUAAAUUCCCCUGUGGACAGCCACUCCUCCCUGGAGAAGGUCAGACGGAUUCUGCUGCUCAGACGGCCAUUCUUCUACGGCUUCCUCUUCUCUUUGUUUUCUUUAUCAACCCAUGCUCCUUAAGUUUAACUUUGCAUAUUGCACUGAAAUGAACUGCCUUGUUUUAGCACAAUGUGCGAUGAUACAGCUCUGCUGUGACCCGACCCAGUAAUCUGUUAUUAUCCACAGAGUGAUAAUAGACAUUGAUAAUCUCUUUUGGUAAAGCAAAGAAGAAGAAUGUGCUUAAAGCUACUGUAUUUACCCAAACUGGUUUAUCGUGUCGACGCAUUAGUUUUGAGUUUUUCACUGAGAAUAGAUACACUGAUUUUAUUUAAAUGUAAUGCUUGGCCCAUAAAUCCUCCCAAAAAUUCAAACAGAUUAUCUUGUGUGCAGCAGGAUGAGAGGAGAUAGGUUAUAAUGCCAAAGUAUCGCUCACGUUCUAGCUUUAUUUAUCAUUUUGUUUAAUUUAAUUGAUAUCACAGCAACGAUUUAUUCGUUUUAAUUCAGUUUUAGAAACAUUUGCACAUCGGCCCCCAGACUCCUGGUACAACUUCAUAAAAACCACAGUUAAUAUGAAUUGGACAAAAAAAAUAAGAUGUUGUUAAGUGCUACUAAAAGCCGUGUAUUUAUGAGUUAUGUAAUUGACACAGCUCACCUUCAAUACCAGCUCAGCACACACGAGGGCGAUAUUGCACAGAAUUGAAGUGGCAGCCUGAAUGCCUGAAAGAUGAUUGUGGAGUUAAAAGAAUGAUGAAAGUGCCACAGAGUGUUUUGAUACAGACAUUUUACUAAACAAAUGUUUUCUGUCCUAAUUUCCCCUAAACAAAUGUGUAAAAUUAGAGAGAAGUCAUGUGAAACCCCCUUGUUAUCCACUGAAUGCUCUGCACAUUGUCCAUGCUACCUGCUUGAAUGUUUUAGCUCAAUUUCAGGGACCAAAUGUGAGUUGCUGCCGAUGACUCACCUGCUGGCACAGCAAUGACAUUUCUGUGAAGCUGUUUGUGGGGCAGUUUCUGCAUGUUUGUAUGUAUGUGUGAUUCAUAGGAGACAUGUGAGUGUUGUUGUUGUAUUUGGUGUCGGACUGUGUGGUUGUGCAUGUGAGUAAUAUAUUCAUUAGAGGGGUUGUUUUAUGGAAACCCUGAGAUGCCAGUCCGUAGUUUUUUUUUCUGGCGAUCCAUUUUCUAAGUCUGAUAUGAAUUGUUUUCUCUUCUGUGUUUAAGACUAAAGAACAGGUGAAACAAAGCUUUUGUAAACGGGGUUUUUCCUCAUUCGUUCUCCAAAAAAAAGAAAAGGCCAAAAUUCAUAGAAAAAUACCCGUGUGCUAGCCCUAAAUUCAUUUUUCAUCUGUGAAAACAGGUGUAGAAAAGAGUUUGGGCAGGUGAAUGAUUUGUUUUUGUCAGGCUCAUUUUGUUGUUGUAAUACUCAUUUUGAACACCACAACCCCAUGUUCUCAAUAAGACUAAAAGCAUUCAUGUAUAUUUCCAGUCGAGUUUUAAUGUCUCCAUGCACUCUAAACACAAGGUACAUAUAUUGUGUGUUGGCAAGUUAUUUACCAUCACUGUCAUGUCUUUAUUUUGGCUAGAUAUGCAUUUUAAUCGGCGCCAAUCUGCUGCUUUUAGUCCUAUUUAGAACAUGGGGUAGUGGUGCACUUCAGCCUAUUGUAGCCACAAUUAGUAUGACAACAACAAACACUUAGAAACGUGAUCCUGGCAAAAACUUGUAUUUUUCACCUGUUCUUAAAGGACUUAAACACAGGAGAGGAAACAGUUUAGAUCGCACUUAGAAAGUGGAUCACCAGAAUGAAUAGUUUUCUCUCACUUGCCUCUCAGAGCUUCCGUAGUUUGUUCACAUUCUUUUGCAGACCCCUAUAGUGUCAGAAAGAGUGAGGAUCUAAUUGUAAGUGACCCUAUGUUCAGAGGAGCAGUUCACUGAGCACUGUCUUACACAAUGUGUUGGAAACCUUUGUAUUUGAUGUGUUAGAAAUGACUUUUAAACUGCGAAAAAUGACUGGACUGAAGUAGUUAGAUGAGUGCACUUGUACAUCCUGAGCUGUAUAUAGCCAUGUACAAAGUCUUCUGACAUGAACAAACUAACCACUGGAUAAUAUUUAAUGAUGGAGUAUUAACACCCAGCCUCAUGAUCGCCCUGAUGGUGAAUACUGUGUUUUUCCGCUCCAGGUUAUGUGAUUCAGCCGCCGUCUAAGUGGCUGUGUGACUGACUGUGUCCUGCAAUAUCUAAGGAGACACCCAGCAACUAAUAUUCCCCUCUAGACUUAUAAAAAUGCCAUCGCACUGCAGCGAGACGCCCAGCUCAAUAAUCCUGACUCUUUCAUAGGCUUAUAAUUAAAGCUGCCCCCCCCCCCCCCCCCCGGACACUUGCUGUGUACCCGCUGUGAUUGCAUGUGCAGUGCAGCUCAGAUAACGUGUGAAUGGGACUAUACGGACAAUCCAACAGGAGACAAUGUUGUACAAAAACCCCAAAGUGGCACUUGUAGAUAAUGUACAAUAUGUUCUUUUUUAAAUUUUGUACCAGCCAAACCGCUGAUAUUUAUAACUAUUGCCUAUUUAUGUACAAAUUGUUCCUCCUGUAUAUACUCAACAGUCAGUUGAAGUAAAAAUCUUUUGCAGCAUAAA